AGAGAGGCGCGCUUUCUGAGCGCCUGUUACCGAGCGGAAGUAGCAUCUACCCCGUCAAGACAAACACGUCUGUCAAGACUAUAACAUAACAUAAUUCAUAUCAGCAGCAAAUUUACGGUCAACACAAACUCGUCCCCGUCCAGCUGAGUUGUACAAAAUGGCUUCUAUGAAGAAGAGAGCGCCUCGUGAACAAAAUGACAGCUGGGUUGUCAUCGCUGCAGACUCUGUCGUCGACACACAUGAGACAGACAGUGAGCCAGCUUUUGUGAGACUAAGGAAUCCCUCUACAGAUGCCACAUGUCUGUAUAUGCUCGGUGCUGGUGAUGUACAGCUGUAUGAGGUCAAAGCAUUUGAAGAAGAUUUCCACUCGUGGUUUGUGGGCCAGACUGUACAGAGAGAUGGAAGACUUCUCUUUAUUACACCAAUGGAUCCUCUCUAUCUCAUGUUGCCAUAUUUGAAUAAAGCUGGAAAAGAGGGGAAGUUCCAGCCCGUGGAUCAGAUUGUCAUGGAUGAGGAAUUCCCAGCUUGCUCGAGGUUGCUGAGCUGCACACAUUCCCUGGCCUCCCUGCACCACAUUGCAGAGGAAAAGGAGGUGGGAAGCCUGAAAUUUCACCGAUACAGCCAAGAGAAGACAAUGAGCUGGUUAAAGAAAAAGGUGGAGAGGACAGUAGUUGCUCUCAGGAAGAAAAAUAUCUCAGUGGGAGAAGGAGUCAAAUCCACAACUUAUGUCAGAGUGAAGUCAGAAUAUCAGGAGGAGGACUACCUACGCUACGCCCACGGCCUGAUAUCAGAGUACAUCAGUGAAGACCUGAGCAAAGCCCUUCUCAAACACUUGCAGUUACCAGAGCUCACAAGCCCAAAGGAGACAGAGCCUCCUUCCAAGAAGCGGAAACUUUCAGACAAACCGGUGGAGGCCGGAGACGACUACACCAAAUUCAACAGUGUGGACUUUUCGCGGAAACCACCUAAGAAGAUGACGGCCGCUCAGAAAACUCUGGCGAAGGCGGACAAGACUGGCAUGAAGACAAUGUCAUCCUUCUUCAGCCCCAAGGUCAAAGCAGAAAAGAAAUGAAUGUUGUAUAGUUUCCGGUUUGUACAUGACACAUUUGUAAUAAAGAAAUGAAAACGUA